GGUACGCAAGAAUGUUGAAGUGGUUGCUGCCUGCCUGCGGAUCCUUGAGACCUCCACAAAGAAGAAAGUUAGCAUCUGUUGGCUUCACUGAACCUAGUCCUGCAUUACCGCUGGACCGGUUAUUAAUAUAACUUAACAAUUUUUGCUAUCACUUAGAAAGUGCAAUGUGUGUGUAUAGCGGGACUUUAAUAAGCUGAGGGCAUUCUUUUAAGUUUUAGGUUUUUAUUUUUGCUCAUAGCUACAAAGUUUUUUAUGAUCGUCUUUCUUGAAACAAUAAGAAAACAAAUAUCAAAUUUAAAAAAAAAGUAUUUUCUAAAAAAAAAAUUUUGUUGUCAAAAUCAAUGUUAAAACAUUUUUUGGAUUUUGAAUAUAUUAUAAACCUUACAGGGUUACGGCAAUGUUUAUUCAAAAUUGUUUGAAGAGAAUGCCAUCGGUUUUAUUUUUGUCAAUCUUGAAUUACAGUGUUUUCUUUUCAGUCCAGAGAAGGUACAAAUUAAAGAUGUACAGGCUAAGACUUUGAAAAACCCUAUUGAUGGUGUUAAAAACAGUAAUGCCUGGUUCUCUAUUUUUAUUUAUUUAUUUAUUUUAAUAAAAUGAAUACCGUAGUGUUUCUAUGAAAGUUGAAAGAUUUCUUUUGGAAUUACAUGUUAAAAUAUUAAGGAUUAGUUUCAAAAGAGCAAGGUUACCACAACUGCAAGAAUAUUUUUUUAUUAUUAUUGUUAUUUGUUAAAACAUUUUUAACAACUUUCUGUUCUUCCACAAAAUGUUUGGCAGUUCAUAUUCUGGUUGUCCAAGUACAAUAAUGCAGCAUUUAAGAAGAGUAAAUAAAUUUGUCGAAAAAUGUGGUUUACAUUGCAAGGAAACUGCUAUUGAAUAUUAUUCAAAUACAUCAUUGUUACGGCCUGUGCAUCUUUAAUAAUCAUUUGAACAAUUACAAAGUGCAUGCACUUAAUUCUAAAGUAACGAUAAAAACUAAUGUGUGUAUGGUUAUUUCUCUCUCUUUACCCUAACUGCUGUGCUGAUUUCAUCAUAUGCUGUUUUGGAAACAGGAAGAAGGCAAAGGUUCCAAUGCUGCUAGCACCGAUAGAGAACGCAGAAGGUGUCUCUUUCGGUCAAAUGGGGAGAGAGCAUAGAAAUAGAUGUAACCUGACUAAGCACAAAAUUUUAAAGGUAUGUGAGCUGAGAAUCAGUUACAUGAGCUUUUGGGAGGUGUGGAACAAGUGCUCACGUGUGCUGUUCACAUUGCAGCCACAGUGUUAGAAUGGCAUAGUAGAAACGGGAUUCCAAAGCUGAGCUAAUGGUGCCGACAGUUUGUUUGGUUUGUCAAACAGUUUAACAGCUGGGUUCUGCAGUCUUCAGAGGGUUCAUAUGUCUUGUAUUGUUUGUCGGUUCAUUCCAUUUGCAAACAAUGCAUAUCUUUUUUUAAUUUUUUUUUUUUAUUAUUAUUGUUCUAUAACAGUUCCUGGUUGUGUUGAAAGGAUGGCAGGCCACAAUCUGGUAAAAUAAGUCAUAUUAUUUGUGAUCACAAUAGAAGUUGAAACCUUUGUGUUUUACAGAGUAGAAAACAAACAAAUUUAAAAUCCUUGAGCUACAUAGAAUUGAUGCUACUAUUUAUUCAUUUACUCUUGAAAUUUAUUAAUACUGUUUUAGAUGGUUUUAUGUUUUUUUAAAUAUUUAUCGCCGUCAUGAUCAGAGGUUUGACUAUUAUCAUUAUGUUGUAUGAUUGAACUAAUUAGUUAAAAAAGAGAUAGUAAGUUAGUUGCAAAAAUACUGUUGAAAUGGCAUUGUGGAUAAUAUAGUUUGUAAAUCUAUAAAAUUUGUUUACACUAUAAAUAUUUUGUUAUCAAAGUUUACUAUUUAUUCAUGUUUAUCUGGUUUUAAAGAUUUUAAAAGAAAAUUCAUCUCUUUUAAAGCUUUCAACUAACGUGAAUAAUAUGUAGUAAAGAAACACUUUCAAAGUCAUUAGUAAGUAUAUAAUUAAUCUUAUGGAUAAAAUAAACAUGACGGUUAAAGUCCAGACAAAUAAAACUAUAAAUAUAAAUCUAUUCACUACUGAUGUUGAAAAAGGCUAUUUUGACACUUUGUUUUGAGAUUUGCUUCUCGGUAUGUUUUCCAGAAGUCGAGAUCGUGACAGGGAUAGAGAUCGAGAUCGACACAGUGACCGUGAUAGGAAACGACAUGGCAGCAAAGACAGGGACCGAGACCGCGAUCGGCAUGAUAGGAAAGACAAGAACAGAGAUCGCGAUAGGGAUCGGGAUCGCAGCAGGCGGGAUAAAAGGCGUAGCAAGAGUCGGGACCGAGACCGAGGACGUGGGUGGCGCAGAAGUAAAUCACCAUACAAAAAAACACAUCGGCCACGCAGCAUCAGCAAGAGUCCAAUUCGAGAGGUUCUUCCAGAGUUGACCCCAGAAGAGAGGGAUGCCCGGACAGUGUUUUGCAUGCAGUUAUCUGCAAGGAUCAGACCAAGAGAUUUGGAAGAAUUCUUUUCUUCGGUUGGAAAGGUUAGAGAUGUGAGACUGAUUACAGACAAUAAAACCAGGAGGUCAAAAGGCAUUGCUUACGUGGAAUUUGCAGAAACAGAUUCUGUGCCACUUGCUAUGGGAUUGAAUGGACAGAAGUUACUCGGAGUUCCAAUAAUAGUCCAGAAUUCUCAAGCAGAAAAAAACAGAACUGCAUUGACUACAGGAAUAAUGCAAAAAGGGAAUGUCGGACCCAUGCGGUUGUAUGUUGGUUCUCUUCAUUUUAACAUAACCGAAGAGAUGUUGAGAGGAAUUUUCGAACCGUUUGGAAAGAUUGAUGAUGUGAAAUUGAUGCGGAAUCACGAAAACAGCACUUCUCAGGGUUAUGGAUUUAUUACAUUCCAUGAUUCAGAAGAUGCUAAGAAGGCCUUAGAACAGUUGAAUGGCUUUGAGCUAGCUGGCAGACCGAUGAAGGUUGGUCACGUCACUGAGAGAACAGCUGAAAACCAAGGAGCGUCCCUUCUCGACAGUGACGAAAUGGAUCGGACAGGAAUCGAUCUUGGUGCCACUGGGCGGCUUCAGUUAAUGGCAAAAUUGGCUGAAGGUACAGGAUUUCAAAUUCCCCAGUAUGCAGCUAAUGCGCUGAACCAGGCUGGAGCACCAGCAGGUGCCAUCGUACCUGGACAGGUACCAGGUCAGGUGCUCAACCCUGCUUCCUCCCCUGGAUUAGCUGGAUCGGCUCCUCCUAUAGCCACCCAAUGUUUCAUGUUGUCCAACAUGUUUGACCCCACUUCAGAAACGAGAACAAAUUGGGAUCAGGAGGUGAGAGACGAUGUUAUUGAAGAAUGCAACAAACAUGGUGGCGUGCUUCAUCUUUUCGUGGACAAGGCUUCGCCACAAGGCAACAUCUAUGUCAAGUGUCCCAGCAUCGCUGCUGCUGUAGCAUCCGUCAACAGUCUCCAUGGUCGUUACUUUGCAGGGAGAGUCAUUACUGCAGCAUAUGUUCCUUUGCCAAACUACCAUUCACUUUUUCCAGAAUCAUUGCGCGCCAAUCAGCUUUUACUUUCUUCAUCUCAAAAUCUUCAGGGAACUUUCACAACUGGAUUUAUGGCAGGAAUGCAACCAACUAUCAUACGAUGAUGUAAAUUAAAAAACAAUAACUUCAACAUUCAUGCCAUUAAGGAACUUUUAUUUGGUUCUGAUUGGUUAAACAAACUGUUUGAAAUGGUGCAGUGCAUAAGCAGUAUCAACUGAGCGGUAAAGUUUGUCGGAUGGAAGUCCAGUGUCGAUCGACUAUUGAUGAUCCAAGUGCAAUAAACGGACAGAAUCAUGGCAUGUGCAGGUGGCAUUUUGUGUUUUAAAAGUAUUUAAAUACUUGAAGAUAUCAGUUUGUUGGUUGGUUGGUUGAAAAACAUUGUAUUCCAAACCUGAAAUUUUUACAAUAUUACUGAAUUGUUCUGUGUCAGACUCGCUUUCUAUUAACAUGAUUUGUUGUGCGCGAUUCCUUGCACAAACGUGCAUUUCCAUAUCUUGUUUUUGCAAGCAUAUUUCUAUAUACAUUGGGCGUACUUUGUUUCAUUUGAGUUAUCAUUAUUUAUGACUUAUUAUAUAUAUCAAAUACCAACCAAGGCCUUCCAUAUCCUUUCUCUGAAAGUUUUCUUCGGUGUUGGUAAUUAUAAUUUUAUUUCUGUUAUCCCUACCAUGCAUAUAAUUAUAAGAAAGUUUAUUGGCAUGUUUGUUGCUAGAUUCGUGACUUCCAAUAUUGUCGGUAUUCCCAUACAAUUAGUUGGAAUUAAUUUGGAUAAUUUACUUUUAUGUUUAAGCCACUAAUAUUGAAGAAGUACUGUGUACAUAUAUUGAUAAACAUGUGUGAAAUCGCGUUGAUGGAAAGCUAGUUUGGAUACUUUGCUACAAAUCUUAUUUGUGUGUAUGUGUCUUCCAUUUACAGAUAGAAAUUGUAAAUUAAAAAACCCACCAGCUAUAUGAUAAAUUCCUUGAACAAAUGCCUGUCCAGAUACGAGCCUGGGCCCAUAUUUUCGAAGCCAUCUUAGCACUACGAAAUCGUAAAACUGUCGUAAGUUGUGACGUCACUAUAUCACACGCCAUAGUAACGUCAUAGCUUACGAUGAUUUUACGAUUUCGUAGGCUAAGAUAGUUUCGAAAAUAUGAGCCCAGGUGGUUUGGGAUGCUCUUAAUAUCUUAAGUGUAUUACUUGUUAUCUAACCAAGUAUUUGGGAGCAAUCCUUGGCAGGGUGGGUUGAAGGGGAAGGGAAACAUAAAAUGGAACACAUUGAUUUCUUACAAUAUUAUCUGGUGGCAAAAAUAAAAUAACCAGCAUCUCUGUAUAGGUCAGGUCCGUGUUCAACUUGCUCAUUCAGAACAAGCUGUUGUAGCGGACACCUGUCCUGGGCACAGGUGCCAGCCUCUGCCGGCUCCUCAGUCCUGGACAGGAAAUGGGUGGGGUGGAGGGGGUAUCGUCUGCACUGGCAGGUGCAAGGGAGCACCAGCAGUCAAAUCGUAGCCGGAAACAGGCAGAGGGUGGUAUGGUGCUAUGGAAUUUGGAAUGUCUCAUAGGAUUAAGCCAAAGAGAAUGGGUGCACAUUUUUUAUGAAGGAAGUUCGGAGCAAUUUUCAACAGUCUGCCAAAAGAUAAAGAUAGGGAGAUAAUCUUUAUAAAAUUACCAAGAUCUUUUAUAACAAAAGUAUUGUUUUAGACUGGGCUGAAAAAUGGUUAAGAAAUUUGUCUAUAACGAUGAUUUUUUUUGUUUUUUGUUCCGUUAACUACAUCACAGCAACAUGAUCGUGAUAACUGGAAGUUUUCUUUAGUUUUAGUACCUAACCAACUGUAGGAAUUUUGCUAAACUUCUUUUCUUGUCUUUUUUUUUAAUUAAGUGUAACGAACAAGAUGAUUUCUGACUGACCCACUUCGGAAGUGUCAGGUUUUAAGUAAAAGUGGAUGGUUUUUAGUCUUGUGUAGUGAAUUGGUUUCAACCACUGCUUUUAAUUUGCUUUGAAUAUGGAGUUGUUAAAAAGACUUGACAUCAACAAAAAUUGGACUCAGUAUUGUUUUGUUUAAUGAUUGAUUUUGGUUUUGAUAUGUAUAUAUACUAAUGUUGAUUUCAUUAUUUUAGAACAAUUUCAUUUAACGUACCAUAAGCAGAUAUUCUUUUGUGCUUUUUAACUGUUAUGUGAAUAAAAAUCAACAUUU